CAAGUGUUUUAUGUGCACCUUCAAUACCUCGACGACUGGCAUUUGUCCCUUCCCUGUCUGAACUUGCAUGAAGGCCACGACUUAACUUUCAUCGCUGUUGGCCUUGCCGCUGUUGUUUUAGCACUCCUCGACCUCGAAAGACUGUCCUUGCAAAGCUCUGCCCUCGCUCAGAAGGACGCCGAGCUGAGCGCUAAGGACGACCGGACCAGGCGAGCGCUGCAUUGCAUGACAGCUGCCGACCUGUAGGCACAGACGGCCGCCUUCGUGAGCGAGUUCUUGAUCAGCGGUCCGACCUAUAUGCUGAGCUGACAGAGGACAGAGGAGGAGUCUGACUUGGCAAAAGGAGCUCCCGGUUCUGCACUGCUUCAUCACAGAGCCUUGUGCUUGGGGUCGAUCAAUGGAUCCUUCAUGGUCGCUAUACAACAUGGCAAGGCUACAGCGGGGGCUGGACGCUUUUGCCAACCCAGCGGAUCUCGCCCACGCCACCGAGCUGCGCGGCAAGCAAUUGUACGAAAGGAUGUGCCCGCUGCUCGUCAAGAUCUACGCACGGAGCCAGGACGGCCAGCCGGCGGGCGAGUUCUCCGGCUUCCUGUAUAGCUCUUCAUGUGACAGCAUCAUAAGUGCGGCCCACAUUGUCGGCCACACCGGCAAUCCCCCUGGAAGCGGACCACCUGCUGAGCUGUUCAAAGCACGCUACUUUGAUGGCUUCGAGGAGGACGUCGAGGUCCUGAAGAGCGCACCCAAUAACCUGCCGGACGUCGCCAUCCUGCGGGGCUCCCGGCGCGCACCUCGCUCUCUGGGCGGCAUGCUGUGCAGCAAGGGGGAAACCGUCUACGCAUUCGGCUUCUCGCUCAGCGUCAUCGCCCCCUGCAUCAGCAAUGGUGUCUUGUCGAAUGACGGUGUCGCCCGCAUGACCAUCGCCAUCCAUGCCGACAGCGGCUACCUCGGCGGGCCUGUUGUGAACGUCCAUGGGAAGCUGGUCGGCAUUAUCAACGGCGGGCUUGGCACGGCGGCCAUGCAAGUCGUGCUCACCCCGGGCGCGGACGUGCACACGUUCCUGCUGCAGUCGGGUCAGCCGGGGCUGGCCUAGCCUGUAUGCCCAGGGACAUAGGGAACACGCUACAUGCCUGCCCAUGCGGACAUGACAGGCACACCGCAUGACAGGCGUCGGUCGCAGCUUACGCCACAUGAUGUUGGUGGGGCAUGCGGCUUUGCGCGGUUUCGUGGGUGGAUGACGCUAUGGUGCCAUUGCAGCCGGGCUUAAAGGUGCACGAGACAGCCUUUACAGAAAAGGCAGGUCCUGCCAGCACCAUGACAGAACCCGCCUACUUUUUGUAAAGGCUGUCUCGUGUACCUUUAAGCCUGGCUGCAAUGACACCACAGCGUCAUUGCGGUGCUGGCAUUGUGCGAAUCAGACCACAUGUAGACUUUAUUCCGUAGACCAGUAACCCAGGGGCCGAUGUGUCAUCACGCUGCAUUGAUGCGGCUGCUUGGAGCAUACCUUCUGCGCUAGCAUGGCAGGAUAUGGGCUUGCAGUGGAUGUUGUUGUUGGUUUGUAAUCAUAGUUCAGCCGUUCUGACAUCUUCACUGCUCUGCGUCUGUGUCACGGUUCAGUUUCUCCACUGGACAGGCAAAGUAAUUUUGUACCAUACCAUUGUUCGAGUUGCGCUGUCUCAAGAUGGGUAGCGUACGUCCACAUUUUUCCUUUGAAAUGCAUUUUCGAGAAGUACAUUUAAGUCUGAAUGUUUCGACGGCUUGUCACAAACUGGUAAUGUUCGUACGGCGGUUGAUCUAGCAACUCAGUUGGCCGUUUUGGAACUAACUAUACGUUUCAGGGGAAACCCCUAGGGUACCACAUCUGAAUGCGCAGGAGGCAUACAGGGGCGUUGCCCUCCCCACCCGACCUUGCGGUCUAUCUUAUUACAGGAACCGAACACACACGGGGAGAUAGCUCAAUGAUGUCUGCAAUCUGUUCCAUUGUACAACCGUGACCGCCCU